UGAAGCGGAUGGCCCUGUUGCGGACAACUUCGUAAAAAAAAAAGGUAGCGACCCCUGUUGAAGCCCGAAGCCCCGGUCCCCGUUUCCUUUGAACCCCUUUCCUCCCCCCUCAAUCCAUUUUUGACGCCCAGAUGCGACAAUUGAGAUACAUAUACGUAUACCGCGUGAUUUGAUAAUGGGGCCCGCCGCUCAAAGCAAUUAAGAUCAACAACUACAGUUGUGGAGAGGGUGCCUCCUCGCUGCUACAAGAACUGUCGGUUCGCCAUCCUUCCGUGCACUGACCGGCUCAGGCUCCUUCCCGUGCGGCGACGUCGUUUCGAGACAGCUAUCACCUCGACUAGACUGGACGCUACCGAUUACUUAGCACCCUGCCCCUGCUCUUUUCACCCAAGCAUCGCGACGAGCCUCUAUCGCAUCAAACAGACAACGCGACGGGUUGUUCGACAGUGAUUGGCUAGUCGCAAAGGACCGAAGGACGUCAAGUCAUACCAACCCAUCGCGCAACGAAUUGUUGCCAACAUUGAAAAUCCGAGCCCGAACCAUUGAUCAAGCCUGGGCGACUCAUCACAUAUACCUACGAUACUGGCGGAAGUAGGCACUGAUAAUCCAAGAGGUGGUCUGGCUCCGCGCAACCCUCCCGUGUACCGAUUGUUGCCGAUACAACAGACCGUUGCUUGCCCUGUCAUCACUGGCCCUGUCCGGAUCUAGAUCGCUCAGCAUCCGCCCCCAACCAGGUCUUCCGUCUGAUGCCAGCUUACCAAACGCUCUGAUCGUCAAACUCUACAAGAGGCCACACACGCGGUUGUCAGCGCGAUUCAAAGCGCCAGCUUCUUCUCUGCCAAGGCAUCCCAGGCGUGACUCUUUUCUUGCCUUUCCAGGCCCGUCUGUCCAUCCAUCUCCGAUCUCAGGCUAUCUCCUAGUCUAGACUAGUACCUGGAAUAAACUUUACCGCCAACGAGAGCUGGGGUUGAAAGCCUUAUCACAUCGUCACUAACCUCUACGGAACAGAGAAAAGGAACAUUGGGAUGUCCGUGGUCUUGGUGACCUAAACUUUUUUUUCCUUCUUUUUUCCUGACGGAGUAUCUGAGUGGUGCAGUCAGCUCAAGCAUCAGGCCCGUGCCACCGUCCGAUGGGGAGUGGGAGUUCGUCUUGGCAUCGAUUUUGACCGCCUUGCUGGAUCGACGAAUCCCUUGCUACUUGACUGACGUGCUAGCAAGUCAAAAGGUGCAGGCACGCGUACUCGAGGGCUUGCCUCCACAACAGCCAAUACUCGAGCCUGUGCUCAAAUCAGCCGAGUUCUCGGGUGGGCCAAACGAACAAAGGGCUACUACUAUGGCAUCAGCCCAGGCUGUUCCUCGGCCAGAUCAUUUGAACAGGGCUCCCGGCAGUAGUAACGCCAAUCUGUUCGUCCAGCUGUACUCGGAUGGCAGCAACGGGAUAAAUACGCAAAACAAGAGAACAUCGCUGUCGUCUUUCCCUCCCUCUUCGCGUUCUGGGUCGCAAAUGUCCCACGUCUCCCGGCCACCUCAAUCACCACAGCCGCCUCCACCCGUCAUCAUGUCUGAGACAGACCGGACUUCUGAUCCCAGCUCCAAGAGCAAGACUUCAUCCACCGGCACCGGCGUGUCGUCGCAACACUCGUCUCUGUCCGCGACCCGGCGAUAUAAUCCCGAUGCACACCCACCCAGAAAGCUGCGCUCUCAGUACCCUCGAGGCGCAACGGAAAACCAUGUCGAGUACAUUCUUGUCGCAUCUUUCGACAUUGAUCGCGGGUCUGUAAUGGAUCAGCAGUAUCCCGUUGCUAUCACUGGAGACGAAAACAUGCUGGCUGAGCUCAUGCUGCCUGACGGCGCUCACAUGCGGCAUGAGGAUUGGACAAUAUUUUUUCUUCACAAGGACCAAUCUGAGGAGGAGGAGGACCAGGAGCGGCAGGCCAAGGAUGCACGCAAGAGGAGGAGACAGUUCAGAAGGGACAAAGCGCUAGGUCUAGCGGGAGGCCGGUAUGAGGGAGAUGCCGAAGAUGACAUGGAGAUCGAGGACGAUGAGUACGGCUGGGAUGACGACUCUACCGAUAGCGAGGCAGAUGGUGUAGAAGGUCCUCCGUUGAUUUACGUGCUUAACUUGGUCAACACAAAGCUGGAUAAGACGGUCAAACGAGGAUCCAUCGUGAAGGCAAUGGCAAUAUGCACGAGGCAUCCCUUUCUACACAUCUACAAGCCACUCCUUUUACUUGCUUUAGAUGAGUAUUUCAAGGCCCCUGUGCCGGAGACUCUAGCAAUGCUUUACGAUGCGGUGAAUGCAAUGGAUUUGUCUCUCAUGCCAAAACUCAGUUUCCUCGAAAGGCACCUUCUCCAAGCCAGCGAGAACAAGGAUCUAUUUAUGGAGAAGUUCGAGCAAAUGAUACAGAUGAGGAUGGCUGAGGACCGCGGAGAAGACGUUCCUGACCAGAUCUUUGACGCAAGCAGGAGCCCUGCGAAGAGAUCUGGAAUCUCCAGAGCAGGGACCAAGGCCCAUUUUGAGGGACAGUCAACAUACUCGGUACCGAGAGAUACUCAUGAGUUUGAGAGCAAGGUUAUCUACAAGGGAAUCCCAAUUCCCAUAAAAGUGCCUGUAGCCGUCAUGCCAGAGACAGUCGGCGACUUUUCGCUCAUCAAGCUCAUCCAAACAUUCUCAGAGCCGCACCUUAAAUCUCCACAACCGUUCACAUUACACGCGCACCUUACGACCAACGGGUCAAACACGCAUCCGAUCAUCGUGCUCAUCAAUGCCUUACUGACGCAGAAGCGGGUCAUUUUCCUCGGCCACAACAUGCCGUCUGGCGAGGUGGCUGAGGCAGUCUUGGCCUCGUGCGCGCUGGUCUCGGGUGGUCUUCUCAGAGGUUUCACACGCUUCGCGUUUCCCUAUACGGAUCUGACAAAAAUUGAUGAUCUCCUCAAUGUCCCCGGCUUCAUUGCCGGCGUCACAAAUCCGACAUUCGAGUUGCAUCCGGAAUGGUGGGAUCUUUUGUGUGACCUGCAGACAGGUCGAAUGAAGAUCAGCAGCCGAAUCGAGGACGCAGCCCCGACAGAAGGCCUGUUAUACUUCAAACAGCAAAAUCCGGCAUACGCGAAUUUGGUGACGAGCGGCCCCUCGAACAGCACAACUGCUGAUUUGACGGGCGAUAAUGCGUUCAUGGUCGACAUACUCCGAAGCAUAGCGGCCCGGGCCGGAGAGCGGGUGGUGAGGGCAAAGUGGCGUGACUGGGUGGUCAAGUUCACCAGGAUAGCGGCCGCGUUUGAGGAGAGUGUGUAUGGCGCCAGCGCACUCUACAUCGGGGGCGACGAGCCAGAAGGAGCGGUAGUUCCCGUGGGUGGGCAUGGAUACGUUUGGGCGGAUGACAAUGCAAAGAUGAGGGAGCUUGCAGGCAACGUGACCAGGAUAGAGGGCUGGAGAAACACACGGAGCUACUACAGCUUCAUCCAGGAUAUUGCCCAACAUUACUCUAUCAAGCCCCUCAAAGGUUUAGAUCUGCACCACAUGCACGACCGUCUGCGAACGCAACGGCUGACUCCAGCUCAGAGUCGUGAAAUUUACGCAGCGUUUGCGCGGCACGUACACUCGUACGACGAGAUUUGCUUGUUGCUCACGGUAGCGCCCGAGUCGCAUGCUGGGCUUUUUUACAUUGCCCUCGGGUUAUUUCACAAAGACCGCGAUGUCCGUUUGCGCACGGCGGAUCUGCUGGAGAGGAUUAGCGAGCACGAGGCUGGGCAGCACUGGUGGAAGGCGCUCACGCGAUUUGAGAAGCUAGCAUUUGCGCGUAUACGGCGCGAAGCCGAGCUCGAUAUGCGCGCGAAGCUCGAGAAGGAGGGUCUGAGUCCGGUUGAGAAGAGGAUUAGUUGACGAACUGAUAAUUAAUGGUGAGUUGCGAAUGUAUAUGUUGGGGAGGACACCCUGCCUCGGCCAACAUUGCAGUGCCGCCUUUACAGACCAAGAUCUCGCUCGAGGUUCGCCAUGGUUACAACAGGCAUAGUCGGAGGUACAUGGCUGGGACGUAGGAACUUGCUGGUCUGGCAUCACUGCCACUUACAAGAACCAAUUUUGAUCACAGAGUGAUCCAUGGACCGGGCUGGGAGGAACAACAAGUCCAUCCCCCACCUGACUUUGUCUCUUUUAUGACGUUAUGAUAUUUGACGGAAGGCUACCUAGGAUACCGAUGAGGACGGGGAACUCGGCCUUUACUACACAAACACAACAUGGUGAUACCCUCGUUUCGCAAUACAAUUUUUCUUGAAUACAUUUAUUCGUUGGCAUAAAAAAAAAGAAGAAAAAAGAAAAAAACAUACGGCCUAGGCUAGGGAACUAGGCCGAUG